AUGUACAGCGAUAGCGAUAUGCCUUCGCGUAUAUUGAUUUUUCAUGCGCGUCCAUGCACCUGGACGCCUAUGCGCUGUACAAGUACUGUACCUUACCCUACGCCCUACAGCAUUAUUGUAGUUGAUCUGGAGGCGAACAGCGAACAAUAUACGAAGACACCCUCAACAAUACCAAUGAUCAACGCCAACAUGCCAGGGCAGCUAGGACCGCCGGUGACACACCAGCCAUUUCAGCAUACAGGCAACCCGCCUGUUGGCCUGGUGAACAGGCCACCCAUACCUGAUAAUCCGAUGCAGCGAGACGUCCUCAUCCGACCACCAACGGAACACCAAUUCAUGUAUCAACCAACGGCAGUACCCCAGCAUUUUUACCAUUUCCGACUCGACUAUAAAGUGUUUGUCUAUCUCCGCACAGCAGACGGCAAAUACGAAAAGUUGAAUACUCCCGACGAGCUGAAACACGUGCAAAUCGGAAUUGAUAAUAUCGACGACAGAAAUCCUUACUUGAACUUUUCAGUGGAGAACCCUUUCAUGUUUCCGCCGGUUCCGGAACCGUCUGCGUGCAGUGCACAUUUUCCGGAGCAUGCCCCGAGUAUGCCACAGCAGCACCCACAGCAGCACCCACAGCAGCACCCACAGCAACAAAGUGCCCCGGAAACAUCUCUUUCCGAACCAAUUGAUGUGGACUCAAUGGAUGUAGAAGACCCUGUUGAAAGCACUGUCAAGUUUACCCCAUAUACACCACCUGGAUCUGUUAUCGAAACUCCUCCACAGUUGGCUCCCCCUCCAGUUGUCAAAUCGCAACCUCGCAAAUUUGACGACAGCAACGCUGAACAAAAAAGAAUGGACAUCAUGAAAAAACUCGCAGAGUACGGACGCGAGUUCGAUUAUUACUUUGAGAAAGUUCAAGCUGAAUUUGAUUAUAAAAUGCUCCAUACCGAUCUCACUGUGCCAAGAUUCAAAGAAAAGGCCGAAGCCAUCGCUUAUGCUCAGACAACUGCACGACUCCAUGGCUUCGUCUUACACAUUGGUGGUGGAAAAGCUAGGAAUAUUCUCCAGUGUCAUAAGAGCAAGUAUGACGACGAGAGUGGAGAGAUUGGGAAACCAACCAAUGCGUCAAGACGGGUGGCAUGUUAUUGUCCUUUCCAGAUAAGAGUAAACAAGCUCGGCCCGAAUGACUUUGGACUGGUUUACUGCCAUGAGCAGAAAAAGGAUGAAAAUGGAGACGCCCUGUGUGCGAAACAUAACCACAAGCCUUCUGCAUCAGUUUCUACCAACGGUGCCUACCGGCAGCUUGAUUUGGCCAAUAUCAGGAAGGGAUGCCGGGACAUCGAUCUUUUUGACAUUCUGGUCAAGACCCAGACAUUUCCUCGCAAGAUUCUGGAUGCUCUGCGUCUCAUUUCUCCUGCUGCAUCCCGACUCACUCGACUUGACAUCACCAAUAGCAUGCAAAAAUUCGAUAAGGAGGUUUGUGGCGAUAUGGACCCAGUCGAAGCGCUCUUGAUCAUGUUGGAACUCUCUCCUCAGAUCCAUGUUGAACAUAGGAUCGUCGGUUGUCCUGCAGAGAUUACUGAAGAACUGCUUGAGGAAGAUCGUCGGCAGGAAAGGUGGGAACCUGAUAUGUAUGACGCGUCUGACGCGGAAGAGCUUGAACCAGGUGUGGACCACUUUGAGACCGCAGACGAGGACGGUGGCCUCCUGGUGGAAGCUGAGCUGAUGUCAGAAACUGAGGAAUCGGACUACGUAGAUGGUGGGAUCGAAAACGAGGCGACGGACGAAUCAGAAGACGAGUCAGAAGAUGAGGAGAUUGUGGAGCCGCUUCUACGAAAAAGACCGAGACAAUCUAGUCGACGAGUCCCACCGGAGCCAAUGCCAAGCACACCGCCGCCAGAGGCUAACCUGCCUGAACAACCCGAUGUUAUCAAGGAUAUAUUCUUCGUUGUCUUGAAAUCAGUGAAGAUGCUCAGGGCUUUCUCUGGUGUUAUCGCUAUCGAUGUUACUCACAACACAAACAAAUUCAACUACAAGCUUUUCAAUGUUAUUGGCAUUGCCUCUUGUGGUAGGUCGUUCAACAUUGCCCAUGCACUUAUUUCACGAGAGGAUGCUGAUACUUUCAAGUGGUGCCUCGAUCGCCUGAAAGUCUUCCUACAGAAGUACCUAAUUCCCGACCCAGGCGUGAUCUUAUCAGAUUGUGCACCAGCCAUCAAAAAGGGCCACAAGUACAGUGAACUCAAUGGUAGCAACCUGAAGCUCUGUCUGUGGCAUGCUGCUAAGGCAGUCGAGAGAAAAGGUUCUGCUUUGUUUGGUUCGAAAUCUCUUGAGACAGCUCAACUUGUUUCGAAAUUCAAAAAGAUGUGCCAUGCUCACACAGCGGACGAGUUUGAAAGGUUAUAUACCGACUUCAAACUAACCUAUAAGAAGGAGGGCAUGGACCGCGCUGACAAGCAUGAUCGCUCAAUUGAUGGAAGGAGAAACUCGGCAUACUACUACAUUCGACGAUAUUGGUUUGGAAACGACCAACACCCGAAACAUCGUCACAACAUUGUGGCUGCCUAUUCUAGAGAAAGCAACUUCUUCGAGACAACGACCUCCAGGAUAGAGAGUAUUCAUGCUCUUCAGAAGAGUAAUAUGAGGACAAGAAUUAUUUCUCUCUUCCAAUGUGCAACGGUCGUUCUGCGUACCUCGGUCAACGUUUUAUGCGACCUUGAACAUGCUCAUGCACGGGAGAUGGAGAGGUAUCGCAAAGAUAUCGACAAGAAAUUCUGCAAAUCUAUCCGGACUUUCAUUUCCACCAAAGCACUAUUAAAGUGUAUGGAGCAGAUCUCUGUUGCUUCUCACGAUGACUACGUUCCUACGGAAUGUACUGGACAAUAUUCUUUGGAUACUGGACUCCCAUGUUAUCACAUGAUUGGUCAUUUGAUUUUGUCCGACGACGGCAGGGAAAGGAUGCGACCUAGAGCUGAACUGGGAGACAAAAACCUUGGUCCAGCCGUGAUACACCAACGCCGAGCUAGGCUCAUGCUGGGAGAUUUUGAUCCUCGUUGGAGAUACUUGCACACCACCGCACAGAUGAAUGAAAGUGAUUGGGAUGAUGCCUGUAACUAUGGCAAGUUCAGAGAACGGUGGGAAGCGCUUCGAAAAUCCGAGAAAGAGUGGAAGAAGAGAGACGAGGAGCUCGCAAAAGAGGUCCAUGCUUAUGUUCCGCGUAAUGGAGAUUGCGUGGCACACAUGGUUGAGGACGAAGUUGUUGGUCCGAGACGGAGACGCGUGGGACGCGUAAAAGCCUCCAACGAGAAGAAGGCUGGCCCGAAGUGUCAGAUCUGUGUGAACCAAAGGCAUGCUACGAGUGCACACUGUUUCAGGGAUAAAGGCGGUGACAAGGCUUACCGCGAGUGGAAGAACGGCUUGAUUCCUCGCAGGCAGUUCACUGGCCAUGUAGUUGGAGGUCCAAAGCGAAUUCGGUUGUGUCGUCAUUCAAGAACCAUGAUGACAGCAACAACCGCGGACAAUCAGGACAGAGAAUACGCCGCUGGAUAA